CUCGCUCCGCACGAUGCUCGCCACACGCUCGCUCCCGCUCCUGGCGCUCCUGGCGCUACUAGCCGCCGCCGCCGCCGCGCCGCGCGCCUCGCGCCUGCGCCGACAGCUGCCCGCCGACGACGUGCUGCAGCCGCUCGAGACUGGCAGUACGUGGCGGCGCCGAGCGGGGGCGCGGGGGGCGCGGGGGACGCGGGGGCAGCUCUCCCCAUCGUCGUGGCCGCUCUCCCGCUCGAGCCGCACUGGCAGCCCAGCGAGCCCGCGCCCGCGCCGCCAAGCCACCGACGACAUCCCCGUGUUCGACCGCAACAAGGUCAGCCUGGACCUGCCGGGCAGCCUGUUUGGCCCGUCCGUGUCGCUGCUCAUCCGCACUACUAAGAUCAUCGGAGACGUCAUCCAGAACUCGGCGGUGCGCUACCAGACCUUCCUGCGCCUGUUCCGGCCGCUGUUCCGCGGGCCCUUCGAGAUCAAAGGCCUGGACCCGGCCACCACCACCACCACCACCACCACGCCACGCGCGCCGCCCGCCGCCGACAACGAGGUGCGCCGGCGCUGACGUCGCUCCUGCAGCUCACUGCGCCAGCGCUCUGCGACGCACUUCACAUUGUCCGACUGCAACUUUUGCUCAAAUAAAUAUUUCUCUUACUUACUUAAGUUAGUAUUUAAUCCUGGUAGACGUAUCCGCGCAUGCGCGAGUGCUCGGAGCCGAACUAUUCCCGAUAAGACUGCUGUAGGUUAAUAAAAUAAAGAGUUUAGUUCAGUAGAAUCAGAUCGUCACAAAGGUUGGGUUCAGUAGCAGUAUUAUUCGUUACUUAGACGCAUGCGCAUCGCCGGUGUGGGCGGCUCCCCUCAAUUCGAUCGUUCUGUACAUUAAAUAAAGUCACCGCUGGAGAUGUCAGACGAGAUUUAUAAAUAUAUUACGAUUAUAAGUUGAA